AUGAACUUGUAUAAACCUUGUUUGUUUUUUUUUUUCUUUUCCAGUUGUGUUGGUGUGGAAGAAGAGAAGGCAGCUGACAUUGAUCUCUACCACUGCCCCAAUUGUGAGGUCUCACAUGGGCCAUCUGUUAUGAAAAAACGCCGUGGAUCUUCAAAAGGGCAAGAUGCCCAAAGGGGGAAGCCAGUGAAGACUGGGAGCCCUAUGUUCAUUCGAGAGCUUCGGGGUAGGACUUUUGAGAGUUCAGAUGAAGUGAUUCUGAAGCCCACUGGAAGCCAGCUGACUGUGGAAUUCCUAGAAGAGAAUAGCUUCAGUGUACCCAUCUUGGUCUUGAAGAAGGAUGGGUUGGGGAUGACACUGCCCUCACCAUCAUUCACUGUGAGGGAUGUGGAGCACUAUGUUGGUUCUGACAAAGAGAUUGAUGUGAUUGAUGUGACCCGUCAAGCCGAUUGCAAGAUGAAGCUUGGUGAUUUUGUGAAAUAUUAUUACAGUGGAAAGAGAGAGAAAGUCCUUAAUGUCAUUAGUUUGGAAUUCUCUGAUACCAGGCUUUCUAACCUUGUAGAGACACCAAAGAUUGUUCGCAAGCUGUCAUGGGUCGAAAACUUGUGGCCAGAAGACUGUGUCUUUGAGAGACCCAAUGUGCAGAAAUACUGUCUUAUGAGUGUGCGCGAUAGCUAUACCGAUUUCCACAUUGACUUUGGUGGCACCUCAGUCUGGUACCAUGUGCUUAAGGGUGAGAAGAUCUUCUACCUGAUCCGCCCAACAAAGGUUAAUCUGACUCUCUUUGAGUGCUGGAGCAGCUCCUCUAAUCAGAAUGAGAUGUUCUUUGGCGACCAAGUCGAAAAGUGCUACAAAUGUUGUGUGAAGCAAGGACAAACACUUUUCAUUCCUACAGGAUGGAUCCAUGCUGUGUUGACCCCUGUGGACUGCCUAGCAUUUGGAGGAAACUUCUUACACAGUCUUAACAUUGAAAUGCAGCUCAAAGCCUAUGAGAUUGAGAAGCGGCUGAGCACAGCAGACCUCUUCAAGUUCCCUAAUUUUGAGACCAUCUGUUGGUAUGUGGGAAAGCACAUCCUGGAUAUCUUUCGAGGCUUGCGUGAGAAUAGGAGACACCCUGCCUCCUACCUGGUCCAUGGUGGUAAAGCCCUGAAUGUGGCCUUUAGAGCCUGGACAAAGAAAGAAGCUCUGCCAGACCACGAGGAUGAGAUCCCGGAGACAGUACGGACCAUACAACUCAUUAAAGAUCUGGCUAGGGAGAUCCGCCUGGUUGAAGAUAUCUUCCAACAGAACGUUGGGAAGACGAAAAAUAUCUUUGAGCUGCAGAGGAUCUUCCCAGCUGGCUCCAUUCCCUUAACCAGGCCAGCCCAUUCCACAUCAGUAUCCAUGUCCAGGCUGUCACUGCCUUCCAAAGGUGGUUCAAAGAAGAAAGGCCUGAAGCCCAAGGAAAUCUUCAAGAAGGCAGAGCGAAAGGGCAAGGAGAGUUCAGCCUUGGGGCCUGCUGGUCAGUUGAGCUAUAAUCUCAUGGACCCAUACAAUCAUCAGUCACUGAAGACAGGCUCUUCCCAGAAAGCAAAGUUGAACAUCACUGGUGCCUGCUUGAAUGACUCAGAUGAUGACUCACCAGAUAUCGACGUUGAAGGGACUGAGAACCCGCUGUCCCUGUUAAUGGCUAAUGGCAGUACCAAAAAAGUGAAGAAUUUAACCAAGUCUCGUAGAGCCAAAAUUGCAAAGAAGGCAGGCAAGUCAAAGUUGGUGACAGAACAGGUGAUGGAAGAUCAGUUUGACUUGGAUUCAGAUGAUGAACUGCAAAUUGAUGAGCGACUGGGAAAGGAGAAGGCAGCCCUGAUAUUAAGACCAAAAUUUCCCCGGAAAUUGCCCCGUGCGAAGCCUUGCUCUGAUCCCAACCGGGUUCGUGAACCAGGAGAAGUUGAAUUUGACAUUGAGGAAGACUAUACAACCGAUGAGGACAUGGUGGAAGGGGUUGAAGGCAAGCUUGGGAAUGGAAGUGGAGCUGGUGGAAUUCUUGAUCUACUUAAGGCCAGCAGGCAGGUGGGGGGACCUGACUAUACUGCCCUCACUGAGGCUCCAGCCUCGCCUAGCACUCAAGAGGCUAUCCAGGGCAUGUUGUGCAUGGCCAAUCUGCAGUCCUCAUCGUCUUCCCCAGCUACCUCCAGCCUGCAGGCCUGGUGGACUGGGGGGCAGGAACGAAGCAGUGCAAGCUCCAGUAGUGGUCUGGGCACUGUGUCUAGUAGUCCAGCUUCCCAGCGUGUCCCAGGGAAACGACCCAUCAAGCGGCCAGCAUACUGGAAACCUGAGAGCGAGGAAGAGGAAAAUGCCAGUCUGGAUGAACAGGACAGCUUGGGAGCAUGCUUCAAGGACGCAGAAUAUAUCUAUCCUUCCCUGGAGUCUGAUGAUGAUGACCCUGCUUUGAAAUCUCGACCCAAGAAAAAGAAGAAUUCAGAUGAUGCUCCAUGGAGUCCUAAAGCACGUGUGACCCCAACUCUACCCAAGCAGGACCGUCCUGUGCGUGAGGGGACCCGAGUUGCUUCUAUUGAGACAGGUUUGGCUGCGGCAGCUGCAAAGCUGGCACAGCAGGAGCUUCAGAAGGCCCAAAAGAAGAAAUAUAUCAAGAAGAAGCCUUUGCUGAAAGAGCCAGUACAGCCUCGCCCUCAAGACACCAAUGUUAAUGUGACAGUACCGGCCCCAACACUGGCUUCUACACCCCAGGAGCUCACAUCCUCCUCACCCUUGCCUCCUGAGCCGAAGCAAGAAGCUCUGUCUGGAAGUCUUGCUGACCAUGAGUAUACUGCUCGUCCUAAUGCCUUUGGAAUGGCCCAGGCAAACCGCAGCACCACACCCAUGGCCCCCGGUGUCUUCUUGACCCAACGGCGUCCUUCAGUUGGUUCCCAGAGCAAUCAAACCGGACAAGGAAAGCGUCCCAAAAAAGGCCUGGCCACAGCAAAGCAGAGACUCGGCCGUAUCCUGAAAAUCCACAGAAAUGGCAAACUACUUCUGUGAACUGAUCCCCUUUGUGCCCCACCCUUCACCCCCAUUGCCUUCUCCGUUGUUAACUAUUGGGGCACUCCUGGAUCCUGUCUGCCCCGGACAAGGUGCUGAGGUGCACUGUCCUGCUUUCUUGGGACUGACCAAAGGCACGGACUUUCCCACAGACCCCUUUGAUGACUCCUUUCGGCUACCUUUCCACUUUCACUAUGACUAUCCUGUUUUCCUUUUCCAUUCUCCCAAGUAGCAGGUAAAUGGAAAAGGUUUCCAACUGACUAGAAUCCAUUUUUCUGCUUUUCUAACCUCCUCCCCUUUCAUUUGUGUUGUGCUUUAUACUUGUGUCUCUCCCACCCAACCCCCAGGUAUAGAGGGCAGAAUGAGAGAGGCAGGAAGAGAGCCUGGGCACCUCAAUAUGUGUGGCCUUGAAAUGGGAAGCCCAGUACUCAAGAUUGUCUACAACUCUAGCCUUUCUCUAGAAGCCUGUCCAUUUGUACCUAUACUUCCCUCCCUUUCUUCCCCUAAAUCCAGUAGAUAUGCCCCACCUUCAGGCUUGGUCCUAGAAGAAGGCUGUGUUCAUUGCCCCCUCUUGCCAAAUAAUUUAUGGAUAAAAAGAAUGGGGCCCAAAUCUCCUUGCUGCCCCACUGUGGCCUUUCUAGAUGGACUAGAAAGGAUGACCUCACUUAUCCUUGAGAAGAAAAGAAAAUUCUGUUAUUCUUCAAAAUGGGGAGAGAACAGACCCAGGCCCUUAUAGGCCUUUGACUAUAACAGGAUCCAGCAGAAGGAGGCUGUUUUUGACUGGCUAUAUAUGAAGCAUUUUUUCCAUAGUGAUCUCUGGGGAUUUGAUUGGAUCUGGAGGUCCUGUGGAACAUGAGUAUGCAUGGCUGUGGAUAGGCCCCGGCAGAUAGAAAACUGUGUCCCAGAAACUUGAAAUCACCUAUCAUUGAAGCUGAUAACAGUGGCCCUAUAGCCUACUUUCUCCAUCUACCUAUACCACAGAACACAGCCUGGACAUUUCAGAGAGGGUAUGGUGAGACAGCCACCUCUGGGUUCUUCAUUGGGAGCCUCCAUGCUUCUUUUCCUACCUGAGGUCUUAGUCUGAAGAAGACCUCAGAACUUCACCUCUGGGCCUUUGCACCUCUGGACCACAGGUCAACAUUCAAGCAGAGUGAAGAUGGCCCAUGUCUAGAAGAAGAGAUGCACAUUUGGGAAGGAGCAGACCAUCUGACCCGCCCUUCUCCAUUCUUCUUUUGUGAUUGCCUCCAUUGUCCAGAUAGUGCCCCCACCUCCUUCUUGUCUUGCCUCACUGGCAAUCCAGACUUGGAGAAUGCCUCCUCCCUUACUCCAUUUUGGCACUACCCAAGUGGAAUGUAUCUUUGUCCUCUAACUUCCACGCUAACCUCAUCCCAGCUUGCUUGAUAUUUUGGGGGGAAUUUAACAGCUACCAUGCAGGCCACAGGGAAUUUGUGAGGCUUCCUCUGUCUUCAUUGUGUCUAGUUUGUCUUUCCUUUGCCUAUAGACCGACCUUUACUGUCCUUCCUUGGAAUCAGGGGUCCCUUAGUCCAUUUGCUUUCCUAUCUUGGGGACCCCAGGGGCCAAGCAGUCAUCUGUUUAGUCACACCAAAGGCAAAAAGCCUAGCUACCUCCCCCUCCUCCUCCCACCCCCAGCCUAGCAUUGAGGUCCCUAUUCCCAGUCCCUCUUUUCUACCCAGCUCUACUUAUCUUGGGGAUUUCAAGGCAGCAAGGGGUUGUAAGGGGAAGGGCUGAAGAAGCCUCUGUCCUUGUGUGGGCAAAUGCCUGACUAGACACUGACUGCUGUCACCAAGACCAGGUGCCCAGACCUUUUGUCCAUUAACACCCCUUCUUGAUCUUUCAAGGCAGCUAAUUGCUAGCAAAUCCCCCUGGUUCCUAACCUCUUUCCUCUAUUUCUUUGUUAGAACUUUCUAUGGAACUGAACCCAGCCUCUAUUUGAUUGGGUUCAUUUAGUUUAGUUGGGUUCCUGGAGCCUCCUGUCUGUUGUUUUGUGUUAUUUCCAAUGAAAAGCAAGUUUACCUUCAGAGUUAUGCUUUUCCAAAGAGGCUAGUAUGUUUUGUUAUUUUGUUUUUGUUCUUUUAAUGUUUCAGGUUCUAAGUGAAGUGAGUUGGGGAGGGGUUAGGAGUGGUAGCAACCAAGGUUUAGGACAUGGUGAGAUAGUUACCUCUGAUCUCCAAUCCCCAGCAAGAGCUGGGGGUGGGAUAGGGGCAGGGAGAGAGGAUUUCUAUUCACCUUUAAUAUAUUUUUACAAAAAAGCAAACAAUUUAAAAACAAACCCACCGCUUCUGUACAUGUUUAAAUAUAUUUUUAGAAGUGGGUAGGAUUGUGAAUUUCUGAUGCAGGGCCUUUUUAUAAAUAGGUUAGAGUAACAUCAUCUGGAUUUCUCUUGUUUUUUGCCCUUGUUUUUCUUAUGUUGUGUUACUAAUGUAAUUUAUAUUUUUUUUAGAUCCUCCCUUUCCUAUAGAGAUAAAAGUGAUUUAUCU